AUGGCCAAGGGCCCUCGCCCUGCCGACGGCGGCACGGAGCUCCACGAGCUGCGGGAGGUCGCCCAGCACAUCUUCGACUUCCAGCAGUGCGACGGGUACAAGUCGGAGGGCCUGGGCGCCGUGUUGCGGCCCAGCAACGUGCCCGAAGAGAGCGACGCCGCAGUGUGUGCCGCCAUCAACGGCCGGCACCGGGCCUGCCCCCGAGGCUUCUUCACAGGAACGCUCGUGCGCCCAGGGAGCAUCGGCCUCGUGCUCCACAACGGCAGGGUCGAGGCCGUCCCAGAGGGCCGCUACACUCUGGGCCUGCACCGCGCGAGCUGGAUAGGCAUCUUCUCGCUCAACGAGCGGAUCCAGAAGGAGUCCCUGACGGUCGUGCGGGUCCCGCGCGGCCAGGUCGGCCUCGCGUGGGAGAGGAAGAACGCGAUCCUCCUGGGCGAGGGCCUGCACGCGUACAACGACGUGGCCUUCUCCUUCGAGGGGCUGGUGGACAUCAGCGAGGUGCACAUCAAGCACGGGCCGCUGAACAUCCUCCGGGUGAAGAAGGGCGAGUACGCCAAGGUCUGGUUCUCGGGCUCCGGCGGGGGCCUGGAGCCGAAGCUGCUCCGGGAGGGCUGCCACGUGGUCGACUCGAGCCUCUUCUCCUUCGUCGGCCGCUCCCAGGUGGAGGAGAUGCACGUGAGCCACGGCGCGCUGCACAUCCUUCAGGUGCCGAAGGGCCACGUCGCCAAGGUCGAGAGGGACAACGUCCCCGAGCUCCUGGGCGAGGGGACGCACUACCUGGAGAGCACGAACUUCCAGUACGCUGGCACCGCCAGCCUCAGCGACAGCGUGAUCAAGCACGGGACCAUCACCGUGGUCCGGGUGAACCGCGGACAGGUCGGCCUCGCCUGGCAGGACAACAUGCCGCUGUUCCUCGAGGAGCCAGGCGUCCACAGCUUCGACACCCCCACCUUCAGCUUCGUCAAGCACGCCUCCGUCGCCGACAAGACCAUCGAGCUGGGCACCAAGAAGAUCGUCACGGUGAACUCGGGCGAGGUCGCGAUCUCCUACGACAGCGGCGAGCUGCGCAUCCUGCACCCGGGGCGGCACGUGAUCGACGAUGCCGCGCACAGGGUGGACGGCUUCCUGCCGAUCCUCCAGAAGAGCGUGCGCCUCAUCUCGGCGGAGGCGGGACCCCCGAGGAAAGGGGCGGAAGGCUCGGACCUUCUCAUCUGCGAGACCAAGGACCUCGUCAAGGUGGGCGUGCGGUCCGACGUCUUCUACUCCAUCGCCGACCCCGAGAAGACCAUCCGGCGCGUCGCGAAGGAGGACAUCAACACGCUCGUGCUCGAGACGGCGAUCGCGACGCUGACAAACAUCAUCCGCUCGACCACCCUGAACGAGAUCGCGCAGAGCAAGCACCCCUCGGCGAUCUCGACCAGCGGCGAGCAGGUCCAGAGCGCCCAGGCGCUGGGGGAGCAAGCCUCGGCGCCACUCUUCUUCGACAAGGCCCACGAUGAGUUCCUCAGCAAGCUGCAUGACGACUUCAUGUCUCGGUACGGCAUCGACGUCACCAACAUCCGCAUCGAGUCCUUCAAGAUCAUGGACACGGAGCUGGCGGGCAACAUCUCGAAGCAGGCCCUGACCACCGCGCAGACCGAGAGCCAGCUGGCCAACCUCGCGGGCCAGACGGAGAUCGCCACGCAGGAGCAGGAGCGCGACGCCAACGUGCGCCAGAUCAGGGCCAAGGCGGAGGCCACGGCCCUGCGGACGCAGGCCGAGGCCCAGAACGCGGCGCUCAUCAGCAAGUCCGAGGCCGGGGCGCGCGCGGAUCAGAUCCAGCGGGAGACCAUGGCGACGGCGGAGGCGGCGGCCCUCGUCGCGCAGGCCAGGGCCGAGGCCGAGGCCAUCAGCAUCCGGGCCAAGGCGGAGGCCGAGGCGAUCGAGCUCAAGGCGGAGGCCGAGGCCAAGCGCGCGAAGCUGCUGGGGGCCACGCCGCUGGGCGCCCAGCUCUCCCUGCUCGGCGUCUACGGGGAGAUGGCGGCGAAGAGCAACGCGGGCGUGCAGAAGGUCGUGUACAGCGACCUCCAGGCCAACAACGUCGGGCUCCUCAGCAUGCCGUCGCUCGCCAUGCUGUCGAAGGACCUGGAGGGCCUGAGCGCCCUCGGGGGCGCUGGCUCCUGA